AUGCUUUCGGCACUCCUCGUGCUAUUUUGGAAGAAGCGGCGAAAGCUACUGGCCUCCGUUGGGCUUUCAAAGGAUGAGAUGCCAGAGCUAGACAUUCAGUCUUGCCCGUUUCCUCUGCUCUAUCGUGGCAAUGAACUUGAUUCAGAGCCUGAGAUUCGGGAUGGCUUCCAUAAUGCCCCUUGGGCUGAAUGGAGGUUCAAUAUGAGCGGAAGCCUACGCCAUCAGCAAUUGACACUUUUCUGGUCUUGUCACUAG